AGUGAAGAAGCCAAGAAUGAAAAUAAAAAAAAAAAAAGGAAGGGGGUGCAUGUAGGAGAACAUAUGAAAAUUAAGGUUUAUACAAUUAAUAAAGGUUGAAGAUUAUUGGUGGUUAGGAAGGUUGCCGGGUUUACAGAUCAUUAAUUUUCAUUUGACUUUAAUAAAUAAAGGGUAAAUACGUGGGAGGUGCAGGAAGAAGCAAUAGGGAGAAGCACUCUGAUUUCAAUUAGUCACACCAAUAUAACCUUUAAGAUUUAGGCUUUUGAUUUCUGCAUCCCAAAUUGCUAUACGCAUCCCGACAAGAUUUAUAUUACCCUUUUGCCCCCUUGAAUUUUAUUUAAAACAGAGUCCUCCAUGGAAGAAGACGCUGUGUUUUGUUGCAGGCUGUUGGAAGAUGAUGAUGUUCAAGAACCAGAGAUACGUGUUCUCCCUCUCCUUCGUCAUUUUUAUCAUAACCUUUCCUACAUCUCUCACACCACCAAACAUCUCCUUCUAUUCUCUUCCACCUUCUCCCAUCAACCUUUCAUCUUUCUCCAAACUCAAACAUUCAAACCAAGAAGAAAAUGAUCACUGAAGCCGAAUUUUAGCACGAAAUCACCGGAGAGCCAGGGAUUGGUCCUCAAAUCGCGGUGGCUUUCGCGGCCAGCGCGCCUUACGAAUUCUUGAGCGGUUGCUCAUGACGGCUUGAACGGCGCCGGCAGGGAAGGAGAAGGGAGAAAGAGGUAGGGUUUGAUUAAAAAUCCAUAAGGGCGAUUCUGACAUUUCACACACUCAAUGUGAGCUGCAGGCAGAAAGUAGCGGGUGCAGGAAGCAAGAGCCUCGGGUUUAUCUUUGAUCACCAGGACCACCGAGCCAACCCAUAUGAGCAAACAUCACCUAACUAGUUUUCUCUCACUGUCUAACAAUUAUAGCUGAAAUGGAAACUAUAUUUGUACCUUCUCUCUCCCUUUCAAAAUUUCCAAAGUCUCAAACUUGGUGGAAUUCACCACUUUUGCUUCACUCCAAACCUACCUCAGUUGCUUUCAGUUCAGUAACCCACCAUCAUUCGCCCAAGUGCUUUCUGUUGCACCCACAAGCUGGUGCUGGAUUCAAAGCAAAAGAAAAGCAGAACCUUAGAGUUGUACAUGCCGCAGAGGCUGCAUCCCCAACAACAACGACAACAAAUGCCAAUAUUGCAGAAAGAUGGCUUCUUGAACCAGUUGGUAGCUUAAGUCUUCCUCAGAUCCAGAACUGCAGCAAACGGCAAGAAAGUAAUAACCGUUCGAGACACAAUUCUAAUUUAAAUCAGAACUGCAAGCACAUACUAUUUCUUCAGUUCUUCCCUGACAGUGACACAGAAGACACCAAUAAUCAAAAUCCAAGAACAAGAAACUACUAUCAACACCAAGUAGAGAAACAAGGAGAAUUCAAGGAAAAUAACAAGGCCAGACUUUUCACAAACAUGUGGUGGAUAGAUGUGAAAGCAGCACUUAGCCAAAGAAUCAACUGGGAGGGCAUUCUAUGUUCAACUAUGGUGAUCUUAAAAGACCCAAAAUUGGCAAUGCCCCAUAUUUCUGUUCCUGAUAUAAGGUAUGUAGAUUGGGCUGAGCUGCGCAGAAAGGGAUUUAAGGGAGUUGUCUUUGACAAAGAUAAUACUAUUACAGUGCCUUACUCUUUGAAGCCCUGGCCUCCACUUGAGUCUUCUUUGGAGUGUUGUAAAUUGGAGUUUGGUGAUGAUAUUGCUGUGUUUAGUAAUUCUGCCGGACUGCAUCAAUAUGACCAUGAUGGUUCAAAAGCUAGGAUGCUUGAAGGUGCAAUUGGAAUUAAAGUCAUUAGACAUAAUCAAGAAGGAGGGAAAGCAUGGAAGGAAGCUUCAAAACUUUGGAGAGGGGGACUAGCGAACUGUAAAAGAUGAGGGCAUGGUGUCAAGAGAUGAGAAAAAGUUUCCAAAAAUUGGAAGAAAUGAUAUGGGAAUGUAAUAGGAUUUUGGAUGUCCAGAUUCAGAAAAGGGACUCUAAAGGAAGGGAGAAAUUUGUUGACAGAGCAUGAAAGGGAGGGAGAGAGGAACUUCUUCAUGACAUCAAGAAAGCCAAGAAAGCCUCAAAUGAAGGAGGCAAUUGCAUCAAUUGGGAGAAGAAAAGAGAAAAGGAUAUCAGUGAAGAGGAAGGUGGAGACCAAGACUGUGAUGAGAAUGUUGUGACUCUUGCUUCUGAGAAUGAAUUUGAAAAAGAUGCUGGUUUUAGUGGGAUAGUGUGGUAGGUCUUGGUGAAUAUGUCAAAACAGUGAAGGAAGGUGAAGAUAGAGGAAAGAAGGCCAAAUGUGGUGGGAAAAUUGUAACCAUUACUUCUGCAAGUAAAAUAAAAGGUGAGGCUAUUUUAAGUGUAGAUCAUUCAAAAGUAUUUGGUGUUGGGACAAAAAAUGUUUUUGAAGUCCAAAACAUCAAUGGAACAACAAAAGUACACCUAACCAUCAAUACCAUGGGAAAAAAUGCAGUCAAGGGGUUCAAGACCUGGCAACAAAAAUCUCAUAACCUUUCUUGGCAAGAUCUUGCAAGACCUCAACUAAGGAUAGUUGAAGGGAACAAGGGAAACAUGUUAUUUGAGAGUUUAGCAGUAGUAACACAGAUUGGGAGUGUGGAAAUUUAACAUGAGAGGAUGGAAGUAGUAACUAGGAUAGGGAAGGGGGAAAACUUAUCCAAGAAUUCAAGAUAUUGGUGUCUCUAGUAAACCCAACAUCAAAAACCCACUUGGGAGAGUAUUUCUUGACAAAGUGGCAGGACCUAUGCAAGAAGGACAAGAAAGUUGGGUGAUCUCCCUUUUGUCUUGGGUUACUUAUGUGUAAUGGAAAUCAACUGCUAGCAAACUCCAAUAAUAAACUUGUUGAUUUUGGAAGCCGAGCCAGAUUGUUUAUUAAGCAUCUGUUUGCAAAAGAUUAUGUUGUCAAAGUUAGAUCUUUGCAAAUUCAAGAAUUAAUCCAACGGCCGAAAGGAAGCCUUGAGGCAGUCGCAUGGGAAGUUGUCGCAAUGAUUAAGGACCAGUUUUUAGAUUACAACCUUGAAAACAAGGUUGUUUUGCAGCGGCAAGUAAUGAUAAGAUAUGUAAUGUAUUAGAUAGUUUGUAGACAGAUUUUAGAUAGUUUGGAAAAAAUAAAACAUAGAAGUUAAUAUGAAGUGGUUAGGGGUAGUUAGGAGGAGUUUAAAUAGCAAUUAGGAAAGUUUUAACUAGUAGUUAGGCAGUUUUUGUCUUUUAAGGAGGGAGUGUUCUAGUUCUGGUUGUUGGGUGUUUUAUUUCUAAAUAGGGAUUGUCCUGUGUAGAAGGGAAUGUUUUCCCUUGGAUGUUGUUGAAUGUUUUCUGUAUUUUUCAUUCAAUAAAUUGUUGCCUCACAGUGAGGUUUCUUAUCUCUGUUUGUGAUUGUUUAUUUUGAGAUAGAAUUUAGGUUUCUUGUCACCAAGAAACCUAACAAUGGCUAUAGUAGUGAUGUUGAUA